UGGCCUAACUUAAAGCCAACAGUUCUUUCUGAACUUCCUGGUGUUCGAAAAAUUACUUGUUUACUAGCUUCCACUGACAAUUUAUUUAAACGGUUUUCAUCAUAUUCUAAACUUAUAAAUUCUUUUUCCUAUUGUUUGCGAAUGUUAAAAGAUAAUCCAUUCAAACACAAACCUUUAAACGUAGAAGAAAAAUUAUUAACUGAAAUUAAAAUCUUAACUCUGAUUCAAAACGAACAAUAUUAUGAUGAAAUCAAACAAAUUAAAGAAACCGGAGAGACUAAAAAUCUACGAUUACGAUGCCUUAAUCCAUUUAUUGAUUCAAACGGAUUAUUGAGAGUGGGAGGCCGUUUGAAACAUGCUCCUAUAUCAUUUUCGAAAAAACAUCCUAUUUUAUUACCUUCACGUCAUUAUGUUACGGAUCUAAUUAUUAGAGAAACUCAUGAAAGUUUGUAUCAUUCGGGUAUACAAAGUACACUUUCAAAUCUUAGACAUAAGUUUUGGCUGCUAGAUGGCAAAAAUCAAGUACGUAAAAUCAUUAGACAUUGCGUUAAAUGCAUUCGAUAUCAACCAAUUCUCUUACAAAGUAAAAUGGCCGAUUUGCCUAGUUCUAGAGUCUCGGAAUCUCCGCCAUUUUCUCACGUAGGAAUUGAUUAUUUUGGACCUCUCUUUAUCAAGGAACGUAAAUUUCGAAACAGAACUAAAGUCAAGGUCUAUGGAUGUGUUUUUGUUUGCAUGGCUACUAAGGCUGUACAUUUAGAAAUCGUAAGUGACUUAACUACCGAGGGUUUCUUAGGAGCUUUCGGACGUUUUAUUGGUAGAAGAGGGGUUCCAUCUCAUGUAUAUUCUGAUAAUGGUACCAAUUUUGUGGGUGCAAAUAAUCAAUUAAUAGAACUUUACCAACUAUUCAACUCUAAGUCCCAUCAGGACAUUGUUAACAACUAUGCCAUAAAGAGAAACAUUGUCUGGAAAUUCAAUCCACCUUUAUCUCCUCAUUUCGGGGGUAUCUGGGAGGCGGCAGUCAAGUCAUUUAAACACCAUUUUAAACGAGUAGUGAAAGAACAACUUUUAACAUUUGAAGAAUUAAAUUCUCUGGCUAUACAAAUUGAAUCUAUAUUAAAUUCUCGUCCUCUAUGUUCAUUGUCAAGUGAUCCUAAUGAUCCUAUUGCUUUUAACUCCUGCACACAUUUUAAUAGGUCGUCCUCUCACUAUGCUACCUGA